UAAACAAAGGGAGCACACAGUAGAGCGGCAGCGACCCAGCCGAGGGCCAGUCGUACUGAAUGUUUUAUCUCGACGAGCGCGUCCGGACCAGAGGCUGACUGUGGGGGAAAAGCCACUGCGAGGCGAAUGAAGAAACACCUAAUCUUCCAAUUUACAUACAGAGGACUUCUGACGAAAGGGAAAAAAAGUAAAAGAAGAAAAUGGAGUAUAAAUUACGAAAAGCUGAACCCCGAGACGUGCCUGAUAUAUUACGACUGGUGAAGGAACUUGCGAAAUACGAGGAGAUGGAGCACCAGGUGACACUGACUGAGAAAGAACUCCUUGAGGAUGGCUUCGGUGACACCCCGUUUUACCAUUGCAUCAUCACUGAGAUCCAAGGACAGAACAGCAGUGAAGAUCCCAAGGUGGUGGGUUUCGCCAUGUACUACUUCACGUACGACCCCUGGGUGGGCAAGCAGCUCUACCUGGAGGAGUUCUAUGUGAUGGAUGAGUACAGAGGGCUGGGCAUCGGUUCAGGGAUCCUGCGGCACCUCAGCAAUCUGGCGAUGAAGACGCGCUGCACCGGCAUGAUGUUCGUGGUGGCGGAGAACAAUGAGCCGUCGGUCCAGUUCUACAAGCGCCGCGGUGCCGAGGACCUCUCUCAGGAGGAGGGCUGGAGGCUCUUCAGGUUUGACAAGGACAGCCUCGUCAAGAUGGCCGCUCCAUCCGAGGAAUGAGAGGCCCGACCGAGCAGAGGCGGCCUCGGCUUUUCAGAAGAGUUCAGCUUUGAAACAUAGCAUUUAUCACAGUAAUCUGGUGUAUUUAAUCUGUAUGUAGAUCGUAGUCUUAGUGAGCCUUUUGUGUCUAAUCUGUCACAGUGUUACUCGGCUUUAUUCCAAUCUUAAAAUCACUUUUAGCUUUAAAUAAAAACUGCUAAUCGCA